ACAAGUAGCCGGUUGAUUGACCGGCCAACGAAUUUCAACCUUGGCAAAUUUCCUGCCCGAGGAGCGUGGAAACCUGCACGCCAUAUGCAAAUUGCUUUAAUUUAUACCGUAUAUCUGGAGACUGUUGUUUGGCCAGCCAGAUUGGAGAGAGAGAGAGAGAGAGAGAGGUUCGGGGGUCCUGGUGGACGUGCCCGAGCAUCGAUUGCCACGCUUUGCGAGCACGUACCGUGCAGCCCGAUGAUCUGUGACUGUGCGUGCCUCGCUACCACUCUUGCUACCACCUGUGUCCUCCACCGCCGGACAUGCGUACCUGCACGUGCCAACCAACCUUGCCUUCAACCCUUUCGUUACGAGCGCCGACUAUAA